AUGUCAUUAGUUAAUCAAUUAAUUACAGAAUUAGUGGAUUCUAUUACCAAUUUAGAUUCAAAUGAUGAGUUACAAAUUAACACUGUUAACACUUUAAUGCGUAAAUUAAAUGUAAAUAUAACAUCAUUAACCUCAUUGGACGAAAGUAAUAACAAUAUUCAUCUAUUAUUGUUGCAGAUCAAGGAUUUGUUGACAUCAGACUAUGAUUUAAAUUAUGAAAUUCUCUUUGAAUUAUUAUCCAAUAUGGUUUUAAUAUGUUCAGAUAAACUGGUAGCUGAAACAUAUUCAGAAAAGGAUAUUCAGGCAGCAUUUGACAGCAAAAUCACUCAGUUAGUGAAAAUAUCCUGUAAAGUUUUGAUGAAACUAAAAGGUAAAUAUUUAAAUGAGUCAAUAAUAGAUUCCAUGGUCGCUCGCUUUUUUGAUAACGACACUGAUAUUGCUAUUAUUUCUGAAUUAGAAAAUACUUUUGAAUCAUUAUCAAACAACUUAUAUACCCCAAUGGUGGACACAAUACUACCGAACUUAAAAUCACAAAUUCUUUCUGGAAAUGUUGAUAGUAUUUUGUUAGCUCGACUUUUAGAUAUUUUGGGUAUCUUUGUUAGUGCUUCUAAAGAUUUGAAAAAAGGAGGAAGAAUUCAUUUAUUUCUUGAAUUUGAUGUACUAAAAUUGGCCAAGGAAGAUGUGUUAAACCUAAUAAAUUUAAUCAAAUACACCAUUAAAGUUAUUGAUCUUAUAAAAAACUCUUCCCCUGGAAGAGAAAUCCCACUUCCAAAAGUGACACCAAGUUUAUUUGCAUUCGCCAGCAUCUACGCCAAUAUUGAUGACUAUAAUGAUGCAAAAUACUUUGCUAAGUCUUAUUUGUUUCAGUUAUUUCACAAAGUCUCACAAUUACAAGGAACAGAAGAACUUUAUCGCGAUCUAGACUUAAAAUAUUUACAUAUAAACGAAGCCAAUAAAGAUAUUGUAGACUUUUUGUCAUUCACAAACCCAAUAUAUUUGCUAAAAUACCAUAAAAUGGUCCUUGAUUCAAUAGUGGAAUUGAAUAUGAGGUGUUUUUGUAUAAUUAAAAAUUUAAGCUCUUCGAGUGUCUCAUUUACUUACCUAAAGAAAUUUUUAUCAGGUAAGAAAAUUCUGCAAAUGAGUUAUUUAGAACAGAUACUAUUGAUUCAAAUAUUGGUAAAAUAUGACUAUUCUGCAGAUUAUUUGUUAUUUUCAUUACCAGAAGUUGUGUCUGAUUCAAUAAUUUCUAAAAAUACUGUACUCAGGGAUCCAGAAAUUUUGGCUUUAAAAGAACAAGUGCUAAUAACAUUAUUAGGUCAUAGCGACACCACGUUAAAAAUGUGGAAAGGUCCAUUAGAAAAAGAACUAGAGGUGGUGAAAAGAGGUGGUUCAUAA